CACUCUUGUUUCACAGACACAUAUUCUCUCUCUCUAUCCCACAAAACCCACCACCCAAAAUUUCUUAAUAUAAAAUAAUAAAAAAUAAAAAAAACUAACUGCACACCACACGACACAUUACCUUUCCGCAUUCCCUUUUUCUUCUCUUUUAUUCACUCAUCUCAUCUCUUCUCAACACACAAACACAAACACAAACUCAAAUGGCUCUGAUGCUUGAUAAUUGUGAAGGCGUUUUGUUGUCCUUAGACUCCCACAAAGCAAUCCCAGCUCCAUUUCUCACUAAAACUUACCAACUUGUUGAUGAUCCUUCCACUGACCAUAUUGUCUCAUGGGGUGAAGAUGACACUACCUUCGUCGUUUGGCGUCCUCCUGAAUUCGCCAGAGAUCUCCUCCCUAACUAUUUCAAACACAACAAUUUCUCUAGCUUCGUCCGCCAGCUCAACACUUAUGGUUUUAGAAAAAUUGUACCCGACAGAUGGGAAUUUGCCAAUGAGUUCUUUAGAAAGGGGGAGAAGCAUUUGCUGUGUGAGAUCCAUAGACGCAAAACCGCUCAACCACAAGUUACCGUUAACCAACACCAUCAAUCUCAUUCUCCACUUGGUAUCAACAAUCCCGGAUUUUACCAUUUUCCCGGCCGAGUUAGUAUCUCCCCUUCCGAUUCCGACGACCAAAACAAUUGGUGUGACUCACCGUCGCUCUCUUCUCCUGCUCCCCAUAACAACAACAACAACUCCGUCACGGCUUUGUCGGAGGACAACGAACGUCUCCGCCGCAGUAACAAUAUGCUGAUGUCGGAAUUAGCCCAUAUGAAAAAACUCUACAACGACAUCAUUUAUUUCGUUCAAAACCACGUGAAGCCUGUUGCUCCCAGUAAUUCAUAUCAAUAUUCAACCACGUCCUUACUUUCGGACAGGUUUCCGGUAGUGCAACAACGGCCACCAAACCACCACCACCACCACUACCAUCAACAAAGUCAGAUCCAUUUGGUGACCGGAACUACUCCGACUAAUAAUAAUAAUAAUCAUAAUAAUAAUAAUAAUAUUAUUAUUAACAAUAACAGUGGAACGAAGAGCUUCGUGACGAUUCUAGAAGAACAACCGACGAAAACGAAGCUUUUUGGAGUGGCGAUUCAAUCGAAGAAACGGUUACAUCCAGAGUAUGGGAGUAACAACAUUGGCAAAGAGAACAACAACAACAAAGCUCGAUUGGUUUUGGAAAAUGACGAUCUAGGCCUCAAUCUCAUGCCUCCUUCCACUUGUUAGUUCCAAUUUUCCUUUUUCUUUUCUUUUUUUUUUUUUUUUUUUUGAGAAUUUUUGUUACAAAUCCCAGAGUGGGAUCCUUUUCCAGUGCUGCAUUAUUCAUCAUAAUUGAAUUAGAAAAAUGUGUGCGUGCGUAUAUUGUUGUUUGUGAUAGCACUGUAAGUUUCUAUGUAUAUAACCCUCGAAUCUGCUCUUUCAAAUUAA